UUCCCCCUCAAACACUACCAGGACAAGAUCCGGCCUUACAUUCAGCUACCGUCACACAGAAACAUCACCGGGGUCGUCGAAGUCAUCCUCGGGGACACCAAGGCCUAUGUGUUCUUUGAAAAGGACUUUGGGGACAUGCACUCCUACGUGAGGAGCUGCAAGAGGCUGAGGGAAGAGGAGGCUGCCCGGCUGUUCAAGCAGAUCGUCUCUGCUGUAGCUCACUGCCACCAGUCGGCCAUCGUACUUGGUGACCUCAAGCUCAGGAAAUUUGUCUUCUCUAAUGAAGAAAGGACUCAGCUGCGGCUGGAGAGCCUGGAAGACACACACAUCAUCAAAGGUGAAGACGAUGCGCUCUCAGACAAGCACGGCUGCCCAGCGUACGUCAGCCCUGAGAUCCUAAACACAACAGGGACUUACUCUGGAAAAUCGGCCGACGUGUGGAGUUUGGGAGUGAUGCUCUAUACCCUGUUGGUGGGACGCUAUCCCUUCCAUGACUCGGACCCUAGCACUCUGUUUUCCAAAAUCCGGCGUGGACAGUUCUGUAUUCCUGACCACGUCUCCCCCAAAGCCCGAUGCCUCAUCCGCAGCCUCCUGCGGCGGGAGCCCUCUGAAAGACUCACUGCUCCGGAGAUCUUGCUUCACCCUUGGUUUGAAGCAGUCUUGGAGCCUGGAUAUACAGACCAGGAGACGGGAACUUCAGAUCAAAUUGUUCCAGAAUACCACGGAGACAAUGACGAUAUAAGUUCCUUCUUCUGCUAACCCCGAAAUCUCAAAAUCCUCCAUGGUUCUCACCUCCGGCAUCUUCAUAGGGCUUCAUUUUUCCACGUUUGCAAACUCAACAGCAUCUUAAAAUGCCAGUAUGGUCAGAAAAGUGACCUUGUUUAAAAUAAACGCCAACCCAUAGAUCUCCGCUCCCUGAGUGUACUCAGAGUUUCAUCCUCUUGCUCUGCUGGUGGGUCCGACCCGCUGGCCCUGGAGGACCCGUGCAGCUUUGCGAGAGCCGCCUGGCUUUUCUCCUGCCUCCCGCAUGCUCCACCAGUGUAACUGGCCGCAUCUUGGCUGCAGAGUCUUAUGGCUGGUGAGGUGUGAGACAGAAAGGCAGCCCCUUCUGCUUUCCCACGGUGGCUACGGGGGUGCGGAGCCCUGGCCGCGAUGCUUAGGGGGUGGGGGGCACAAGGCGUGCCUCUAACUGAGCACAUCUGACAGAAAUGCGUAAAAAGGGGAAUCGACUCGGCGAGCCACACCGGCCGGCUUGCAAAGUAGCUUUCUGACUGUAAGCGCACUUUAAUGAGGGAAGGAGGUCUUCACCUGCCACGGCCAGCUGCCUGCUCGCUGCUGCUCCUCCGGCUGAUCUUGCUUUCAGAGGCAUGAAGCUCCUAGAUCCACCCAUAAGACAAACCACUGCUGUGGCUCUUUCCGAAGCAGAAACUGGUGGAUGUCCCAGCUGGAUCCCCUCCGAUUCCAUUCGCUGACCAGGAAAGCAUUUUAAAUAGACUUAAGCCUCGUGUUACCAUGGCGUAGCCUAUAUAACUUUAUGCCCUCAGCGAGCUUGUCAAGUAGCAGGUCUCGUUAGCUCUGAGUGCCAAAACAUAUCCGUUUACCAAACCGUAACACUAUCGGCUGGGGCGCCUUCCCUUGGAAAACGAUAAGGGGUAUCUUGUACAGUACAUGUAAACACGGUUGUGUUUUCCUACAGGCUCAACUCUUAAAAACACCACAUCCCCUCUCCUCUUCUCCUGCCACCCCCUAAAAAGUUAGUCUUAAGAGUAAAAUCUCCAGACGCCCUUAGCUGAUUAUUCAGGUAUGUUGUUUGCCUCUGGCUACAUUUCCCCCCCCCCCCUUAAAUUUUUUUUUGCAUGAUUAUUCAUAGUCUUUCCAAUGUGCGUGGAUAAUGAAUAUAUCUAAAUCAUUAGCUUCCUGGGUUGGGGGUAAGUAAAGCUUAGUCCUGCCUAAAAUUUCUGCUUCGUUUCACAUUUGUGUCCAGUGGCUUAUGCAAAGAGAUGUCCAUUCGCCUUAGGCGAGAGCGCGGCUUCUGAAAUGGCUGUGGGGUGGGUAACGUACGUCCCGGACACGGCACAGUUCGAGUGAAGUCAUUUUAAGGGUAAACCCCCGGCAAGCUGCAGUCCCACCACGCGUUGCAAGAAUACCAUGUAUACCUCAUGGACUGUGUACUUUGUACAUACCUUACUGUUUGGGGUUUUGUUUUCUUGUUUUGUUGUACUUUGUUUGUCCUAAUAAGAGGUGUCGAAGAGCAAUUUAAUGUGAAUUAUUGUUGGCAAUACUAACUUGACAGAAUCAUGAGCAUUAAGAGCAGGGCACUACAGCUCUCCGUUGCACUAAACCUCUCAUGAUUGCUUGACAUUUGUAUCUGUGAUACAGUUUAACCCUUCUAUGAAAAACAGUACAUUUGUAUAUAUUGGUGGAAAACUCUGCCAGAAAAGCUAAAAACACUAUGUCCAACUUGUAAAUAUGUAUAUGUAUGUGGAAACCUGGAUGAUAAAGUCUGACUUGUAGAAAGUUUUAAUAAACUUCGUUUCAUAAUGUU